UGAUAUCAAGAGCUUUGACAAAGUUCGUUCUAAGUAUUGAUAAAUAUUAUUUGGGUUAUUCAUAAAACUUGUUGUAUUCAAAUGCUAAAGAUGUAGAAGCAUUGAUGUCAUUAGCUUCUGUAUUUGUGUGAUGUGAUACUCUAUUAGUUAAAAGUUGAUCGGUUGAAAACUAAACUGUCAACAAAUAAUAAUAAAAAUCGCAACCACAUCAAGAUGAACCAAAACAACGUAUCAGAAGCAAUAACAUUAACGCUGAAUUUAACGGAAACUCUGGAGGAUUUAAAUGCUCGGUAUGCACAAGCACUGACACCAUUGUCAGUGACAUUCGGGUUGUUCACACUAUUUGGUUUCCUAGGAAACCUGCUGAUUCUCGUCGUGUUCUCUCUCAGUAGAGACUACAAGCGGAAUAACUUCAAAGUGUUUGUACUUACGUUAGGCGUUAUUGACAUUAUCACAUGUGUCACGCUUAUACCUGCUGAGAUUGUCAAACAGCAGCACUAUUUUUCCUUCGGAGACGAGGUCCCGUGCAAGAUCAAAUGUUUCUUCAAUGUCUUCGGCGCCUCGUCGUCCUGCCUGGCAUUGCUAGUUAUAUCCGUGGAUCGAUACCGCAAGGUCUGUCAGCCUUUCAAGAAGCAGAUGAACCCGGAGCUUGCCGUACGAAUUUUACUUGGAGUUGCUUUUUUGUUUCCUAUACUUUUGGCAAUUCCGGGGACCAUUAUGUGCGGAAUUAAAACUACGGAGAUGAGGAAUAAAUAUGGAACUACCACAACCAUUCAGUUGUGUGAGACAGAGGAACGAUUUGAGAAAACCGUUUGGAGGGCGAUCUACAAGUGGGUGUUUGUUAUGUUGCUCUGUGGAAUUUCGCUGGCAUAUAUUGUACUUUACACCUUUGUCAUGAUCGAGGCAACGAAGCAGAUUAGAGCUAUCGCAAGACAGCGUCAGAGUUCCUUCGACGUAACAUUCAGUUCCGGUAUCUACGAACCAAACGCGAUCGUUCACGAGCCAAUGAAUGGGAGCCAAAUAUUAAAAAUGUCGCCAGAAACCGAUGGACUAAUGUCAUCAAACGGAGGUGAAGGCGGUGACAACGAGGAAGAGACGGAGACGAGUGGCACAGUUGCAGAAAGCAGAAAUAAAAAUGUUAAACAUUCCUCAAAUGGUUUACUUAGAUUGGCUGAUUUGCCAAAAAAGAAGUUGUCAAAGCAAAUCAGUUUAAGAAGCAUAAGGAGUCAAACGCAAUUGGUGAAAAGGCGGGAAUUUCCGACGAAGACUCUCAUAUGGUUCAUCUUAACAAUCGUGUUUAUCAUAACGUAUUUAGCACACAUUAUAUUGGCACUGAAAGUCGACAAGAUAGUCUUCAUGACACCUCGAGAAUUUUCCUCUUUUUCUUUCUUCUUCAGAAUAUAUUUCUUCAACCAUAUGAUAAACCCGAUUGUGUAUGCAAUUUUUGUCAAACGGUUUCGUACAUCGUGUAAAAAUAUCUUACCGACCAUGUACAAUAAACUGCGGCAGUGCAUUAUGUAAUCCAAAAAAGUUACACAUGUUAUUUAUGUACACUCUUUUUGUAUAUAAACCAAGGUAUAUCCCCAAUUAUAUGGACGUGCGUGUUUGUUUCUGUUGUAUACACUCGUAAAUAUUGUUUCUUUAUACUUAAUACUCAUUACGAAAUGUAUGUUUGUUUUACUAUAGCUACUUUCAGGAAUAUUUAAUUGUCUUGCGUCUGCGUCUUUGUGCGUUUUUAUAAUCGAUUUUGAUGCAAUUGGUUUUAAAAUAAUUAUCAAAAAAUAAGAAUAGGAAAUAUCAAAUUUUAAUUUAGGCUUCGGCUAAAUUAGAGCAGCGUAGAAAUCCUGAAGUUUUCUUUACCGACCUUGUUAAGUUAAUGUCCUGUUUCCAUGGUAAACGUUUACUCUAGUUAUAUUAAGAAGUGUUUUGUACGCAUAGUGAAUGCAUUUGUUAUGGACUAAAUGUACUAACAUCCAUGAAACGUCAAUGGAUAUUCAACACGCCUGUUGUGACCCCACAAAGAGGCAAAAAGGGGAGCCAAAAGGGACAAAUUCCUCGUUAAUGACAUAUAUUUUCUUAAUGCCAACAUUCAUUUAUGCAUAUAACGUGACGACAAAAAUACUUGUUGCGCAUCGACUCGGUUUGUAAUGUCGACGCUAAUACAUUUUGUAUGGGUAUUAAACAUUAUUAUAU